UAUGUACCAGCAUAACAGCUUUUCCACUUCUCUUGUUACGCCCAGAGAAGAAAAAGUUACAAUUAAAAAAGUGUAGCGUCCGAUUUUUAAUUGAUAUCACAAUUCUGAAAAACCCUCUCUAUCGGUCGCUCAAUCACUUGAUCGCUUGAUUCUCUCUCAUUUCACGUUAGCUUCGGAUCCUUGGCUGAUCCAUGAGGAAUAGAGAAAGAGAGAUCCAAUGGCUGGAGCAUCAGAAAUUGUUGAAGCUGAUAAUGCAGAGGCAAUAAUCGCGACGAUCGAAACCAAAUCGCAAAAGAUUGAGAGCUUACUCAAACAUUACAAACAUUUCGAAGCUCUGAAAACAGCUCUCGAUGAUUCGCCUCCCAAAACUCUCGAUGAACGUUGCAAGUCAGCUAACUGGAUAGUUGUGCACAAAGUUAUCAUGGCGAUAAGGGAUAUCGACGGAAUGUUGAAUGCUCUUGGUGCCGAGUAUUACGACAUUCUCAUGAAGUACUUGUAUAGAGGCCUUGCGACUGGGGACGAACCUACAUGCGAUCAGUGUUUGAUGAUUCACGAGAAACUAACAGAGAGAGCUGGUCUCGGUUGCAUUCUCCGCUGUCUUAAUGAUACUACCAAUACCGUUUAAACCACUAAGCUGAUCUUUUCAUGCUACUUUUAUUCUUCUUUUGCAAGAAUGUUUUCUCCCAAAUAGAUGAUA